AUGUCGUUGGAUUUGGAGCGCCAACUUACCUUCUAUGGCGCAUACCAUCAUAAUUCCGUCAACAAGCUCAUCCACAUAAUAUGUGUUCCUGUCAUCUUGAUCUCGGCAUUUUGUAUGGCUACCUAUACCGGACCUCUUGUCGAAACCCCCGACUGGCUCACCGUGCCAUAUCUGGAACUUAACCUCGGCACCCUUGCGGCUCUUUUAUACACUGCUCUUUACCUACUGCUCGAGCCGGUAGCGGGUUUCGUCUUGGCUGCCUUCUGCUUGGCAGGCACUGCUUAUUCCAACCACCUUCGAACCGAGGAUCCGACCAAGACGCUCCAAAUCGCAUUAAGUCUGCACGCCGUGGCCUGGAUCGCUCAAUUUAUCGGCCACGGAGCUUUUGAGCGCCGAGCCCCGGCCUUGCUGGAUAAUCUCAUCCAGGCUAUCUUCUUGGCCCCGCUCUUUGUCUGGCUCGAGAUUUUGUUCACCCUUGGCUACCGUCCGGAGCUUCGGGCUCGCAUAGAUUCAAGAGUGGAACAAGAAAUUGCCAAGUUCAAGGCUGCAUCUAAAAGUGGCAAGACCAAGUAA